AUGUCAGAUAGGCUAACACAACUACAGAUAUGUCUAGAUCAGCUUGUUGAGCAGCUCAAUGCUACUGUUCACUAUGUCAAUGUUUACUCAAAGCCAGCAUUGUUGGAUGAUGAUCCAACGUCGGUUUCAAACAGAGCAGCUAAUGCGCCAGCACCUCAACUGCAACAGCAGCAGCAGCAACAACAACAACAACAACAGCAGUCACCUCAGUCGGUACAACAACUGCCUAAAGAUGAAGCUAAUGAAGAUGCCAAGGGAUCACUGAAACCGCCUGAGGCUGCAGAGGAUGAUUUUGAAAGCACGCUAGAUGAAUUGGCAACAGAUAUCGUUUUGAAAAGCAGACAGAUCAACAUGUUGAUUGAUUCCUUGCCGGGUAUAGGUGUUACUCCCGAAGCUCAAAUGAAAUUGAUUGCUGAUUUAAGUCAAGAGUUGAAGCAAGUGGAGCAGGAAAGACAGGCAAAGAUUAAAGAAAAGAAUGAAUUGUUGGUGAAAGUGGAUGAUUUGAUCAAAGAGUUGGCUACUGGUAUCUCGCAAGCAAGGAUGUGA